GGAAGGGAAGGAAGGAUGGCAGUGCAGAAGCACGUGGGUCAGCGCCGUACUCCCGCUGACUCUUCUUGCCCUGUUGUCAGGGGGAGGAGGAAACAGCCGCAGCAGCCCUGACAGAGAGCCAACUCAGUGAGAAACUUCCAAAGGAAGGCUCGGCGGCGGCUUCUGCGGCCGCUCUUUCAUCUCCUCCCGCCUAACAACGCACGAGGCAGCUCCACGCACAGGGCAGGCGGGUGCAUCUCCCAUGAGCACAGCUGCCGCAGUGGUUCCUUUUGCAUCCGCACGCAGGUGGAAAGCACAGGAAAGGGACCCAGAAAGAGGCAACCUCCUGCACCGCGCGCCCCGGCAGCCCCUUCGAAGCUGUCACCAGAAACGCACCGGGGUGGGCUUCUUAAACCGGUGGCUCAGGCGGCUUCCUCAAGGGCCAGCCACAGUCCGUCCCGGUUCCUUUCCCUUUGAAAAAAUCACGGUCCUCGGCAGCAGGUUCUUGUUAGAGAAGAAAGGCAGGCAUGGAGUUGAGUGUCGGAAGUGUAAUUGCUUAUAUCAGCUCUUCAAGCUCUGCAUCUAGCCCUGCUUCCUGUCACAGUGAAGGCUCAGACAACAGUUUUCAGUCCUCCUCUUCUCCAGUCAGUUCAUCACCAAACAGUUCCUCCUCUGAGAGGAGCUGCAGUAGCAAGAGUAAAAAGCACUCUGAUGGAAGACCAAAUAGUGACCAGUUUGAGAAUCACAAUAAGGGAAAUCAAUUGAGCGGUGCCUCAGUAGCAAAAAGUCAUAAUGGAAUUGCAAAAUUUAAUGGCAUGGUCUUGCUGUGUAAAGUCUGUGGAGAUGUUGCUUCAGGAUUUCACUAUGGGGUCCAUGCUUGUGAAGGCUGCAAGGGUUUCUUUAGAAGAAGUAUUCAGCAAAAUAUCCAAUAUAAGAAGUGCCUGAAGAAUAACAACUGCUCUAUAAUGAGAAUGAAUAGAAACAGGUGUCAGCAGUGCCGAUUCAAAAAAUGCUUGUCAAUAGGAAUGUCAAGAGAUGCUGUUCGAUUUGGCCGAAUUCCUAAACGAGAGAAACAGAGGAUGAUAAUUGAAAUGCAAAGUGCCAUGAAAACUAUGAUGAAUACGCAGUUCAGUGAUCACUUGCCCAGUGAAGCAUUAAAAGAUAGCCAGGAAGCAUUGCUCUUAGUGCCUCAGGAACAGCUGAACUCCAAACUAAAGCAAGAAGAAGUAACUGCCAAAAGGCCCACUUCUCCCCUUCCUCCUUCACUAUAUCCUGCUUUUCCUCUGCCUUCUGACAUUGCCAAGGAAGAAGUGAUUGGCAUGGUGACUAGUGCCCACAAAGAUACAUUUAUGUACAAUCAGGAACAAUCAGAAGACCGUACCACUGUUUUGCAGCCUCCAAAUGGGGAAACAAAUCUUAAAUACUUGGAGCAGUACAAUUCUGAUGGUGAAGCUGAUCAUGGUAGCAUAAGCAAUGUGCUUCAAAAUGGAAAUGUUAAACAUUUCAAUGAACAGUAUAAAGGGCAAAACAAUAUACCCUAUCCAAGUGGGUAUAAUCUUUGCUUCCAUUCUAUGAACUUCACCAAUGACUUUACCACAAAAGGCUAUAAUAAAAUGCUCGAAAAUGGCUUUUCUUCCAUUGAAUCUCUGAAUGCGUAUUCCUGCAGCACUGGAGGCAGAAUGCAUCUGGUUUGCCCAAUGAACAAGACUCCUUUUGUGGAUCCAGAUAAGUCUGGUCAGGAAGUCUGGGAAGAAUUUUCCAUGAGCUUUACCCCUGCAGUAAAGGAAGUGGUGGAAUUUGCCAAGCGUGUUCCAGGUUUCCGAGAUCUUUCACAACAUGACCAAGUAAACCUUCUGAAGGCUGGAACCUUUGAGGUACUAAUGGUACGGUUUGCAUCUCUAUUUGAUGCAAAAGAUCGUACUGUCACUUUUCUUAGUGGAAAGAAGUACAGUUUGGAUGAUCUACGUACCAUGGGAGCUGGUGAUCUGCUGAACUCCAUGUUUGAGUUUAGUGAGAAGCUAAAUGCACUCAACCUUAGUGAUGAAGAAAUGAGUUUGUUUACAGCGGUGGUCCUUGUAUCUGCUGAACGAUCAGGAAUAGAGAAUGUCAAUUCUGUGGAAGCACUGCAAGAAACAUUGAUCCGUGCACUCAGGACUUUGAUCACAAAAAAUCAUCCAAAUGAAGCCUCUAUAUUUACAAAACUACUUUUGAAACUGCCUGACCUGCGUUCCUUAAAUAACUUGCACUCUGAAGAACUUCUAGCCUUUAAAGUUCAUCCAUAGGCUUUUACCUCCUACAUAUAUACUUGAUUUACCUAAAA